AUGUUGGACCUAUUCGAUUUUGUCACCGAGCGCGGUGGUGAUAUUAAGAAGAUCAAGGAGAGCCAGCAGAAGCGUUUUGCUCCCGAAGAAACUGUUGAUGAAGUGAUUGCGCUCUACGAAGAAGCCCGCCGUGCCCGCUAUGAGGUUACCCAGCUCAGAUCCGUGAUGAACGGAGUCCAAAAAGAGAUCGGAAUGAAGAAGAAGGUGGGUUUGACUGCAGCCGUCAGAUGUGGAGGGGUACUUAUCCGACGAUCAACAGAACAAGGAAGAUGCCACCGAACUUCUCCAAAAAAAAGCAGACCUAGAGAAGCAGAAGAAGGAACUCGAGGAUGCCGCCGUCGAAAAGGAAACAACCAGCUGGUUAAGACAUGGGCCCCUGAGAACGUCCAGAUGGAUCGCCCCAGCUGCCUCUCCCACCACGAGGUGUUGACUCGUCUCGAUGGAUACGACCCCGAGCGUGGUGUCAAGAUUGUCGGCCACCGUGGUUACUGCCUGACUGGCUACGGACUUUUCUUGAACCUCGCCCUGGUCAACUACGGUCUGGAGUUCCUGUUCAACAAGGGCUACACCCCCAACCAGCCCCCUCAGUUCAUGCUCCGGGAUCUCAUGGCCAAGACUGCUCAGCUGGAGCAAUUCGACGAGGAGCUCUACAAGGUUACCGAGAGCGAAGACAAGGCUACCGACAAGUACCUCAUUGCUACCUCCGAACAGCCCUUGUCUGCCCUGCACGACAGCGAGUGGCUCCAGGAUAAGGAGCUUCCCAUCAAGUAUGCCGGAUACAGCACAUGCUACCGCAAGGAAGCCGGUUCCCACGGCAAGGAUGCUUGGGGUAUCUUCCGUGUCCACCAAUUCGAAAAGAUCGAACAAUUUGUUCUUACCAAGCCCGAGGAUUCGUGGCAAGCGUUUGAGGAUAUGAUGAGCAACUCCGAGGAAUUCUACAAGUCCCUGGGCCUUCCCUACCAGAUUGUCGCCAUUGUUUCCGGUGCCUUGAACAACGCGGCUGCCAAGAAGUACGAUCUGGAGGCCUGGUUCCCCUUCCAGAAGGAGUACAAGGAGCUUGUCUCUUGCUCCAACUGUACCGACUACCAGUCCCGCGCUCUGGAGAUUCGGUACGGUAUCAAGAAGGCCACCGACCUGAAGAAGACCUACGUUCACGCUCUGAACGCCACUCUGUGUGCCACCGAGCGUACCCUCUGCUGUGUGCUUGAGAACUACCAGAGAGAAGAUGGUAUCGAAGUCCCCGAGGUUCUGCGCAAGUACAUUCCCGGACAACCUGAAUUCCUCCCUUACACCAAGGAGCUUCCCAAGGAUACCACUUCCAGCAAGACCAAGAAGGCCAAGGGUACCGAGGCCCCUACCCAGAAGAUGGAGAACCUCAAGGUUUAG